AUGCAUGUUUGUCUUGUCAUGAUAUUCGCAAUUCAUCUUCUAUCACUUUAAGGCUGAUUUUGAAUUUGCUGUGCUAGAUUUGUAGUUUCAGAGUUUUAUUCGCUUGAACUCCAUUCGAUAGUAGGUUCGGAGGAAACAUAAACAUGCCGUCGUUUACAGUGAAAGUAAAAUGGGGCAAGGAAAAUUUUCCAAAAGUUGAGGUCAACACGGACGAAGAACCGAUGCUGUUUAAAGCCCAACUGUAUGCCCUAACUGGAGUACAACCCGAACGUCAAAAAAUUCUGUGCAAAGGCAUCACUCUCAAGGAUGACGAGUGGAAUAUGGCGAUCAAGGAUGGCACUACGAUAUUGCUGCUUGGCACUAAGGAAGAAGUUCCACAAGAACCGAUCGAAAAACCAAAGUUCAUCGAGGACAUGAACGAGAGUGAACUGGCAACGGCUUUGGAACUUCCGGCCGGUUUGACUAACCUGGGUAACACUUGCUACAUGAAUGCCACGUUGCAAUGUCUCAAGUCCGUCCGCGAGCUGCGAGAGGCUCUGAAAGAGUUUAAGGACAACCCGUCGGAAACGGGUGGUUUGAGCGGAUUGGCUUCGCCUGGUGCCAUCACCAUGUCUAUGCGAAAUCUAUUCGAUGAUAUGGAACGCAGCGAUACGGUUACGCCGGUGCUGUUUCUACAACGGCUGCAUAUAGCUUUCCCUAACUUUGCGCAAACCGGUGAAAAUGGGACGUACCGGCAGCAGGAUGCUAACGAAUGUUGGUCCGAGUUGUUGAAAAUGCUCCAACAAAAACUGCCUGCUACUAAGACGGAUACAAUCGAUCAAGGUGUUAAAUAUAGCUCAUUCAUUGAUCAAUGGUUCGGCGGUACUUUCGACGUGCAGAUGAAGUGCACUGAAGCAGAGGAUGAGCCUGUGAGCAACUCGAAAGAAAACUUUCUGCAAUUGAGCUGUUUCAUUUCAACUGAAGUGAAAUACAUGCAUUCUGGAAUCAGACUGAGGUUGAAAGAGCAGCUUACCAAACAAUCUCCAUCCCUGGGUCGUGACGCUGUGUAUACGAAAACGUCUCUGAUCAGUCGGUUGCCAGCCUAUCUGACGGUGCAGUUUGUGCGGUUCCAGUACAAGGGUAAGGAAGGCAUCAACGCCAAGGUGCUCAAGGAUAUCAAGUUCCCGAUCGAUUUCGAUGCUUUCGAUCUGUGUACACCCGAACUACAGUCCAAGCUGUCGCCGAUACGGGCCAAGUUCAAGGAGGUGGAGGAUGCCGAAUUGGAGCGAAACUUGAAGGGCAAGAACAAAAGCAAAGCUCAGUUGGAGAGCGAAAGGCCCAAAACGCUCCAGCAGCCUUAUUGUUUCGAAGACGAUACCGGUAGCAACAAUAGUGGUUACUACACCCUGCAAGCCGUUCUUACUCACCAGGGGCGAUCGAGUUCUUCCGGCCAUUACGUCGGCUGGGUGCGUCAGAAAGGUGAUCAGUGGAUCAAGUUUGACGAUGACACCGUUUCACCAGUUGAUACGGAAGCCAUUCUAAAACUUUCCGGUGGAGGCGAUUGGCACUGUGCUUACGUUCUCGUGUAUGGGCCCAAAAUUCUGGAAAUUCCAAUUGAUGACGAUAAAAAGACUGGGACCGAGGCAGGCGACGGAGCAACGAUCACGACUGAUUCGAAUGCAGCUGAUAGCGAGAAAAUGUCGGUUGAUUGAAUUUAUGUUCUCAACGGGUUCUGUUAAUGGUAUAACGCCUGAAUGUUUGGCGAUAAAAGCGGCUGUUUUUAAUAUCUAAUUUCUGCUGUAAGAAAAAUAAAUGAUAACAAAGAUCAAAUUAUUUAACCAUACACAAGAUCAGGUAAAAAAUUGUAUUGUACUCGUUUAAUUAUUGAAAAAAAAUCACAUAGUUAUCAUCAUAUAACUUCAAUUAGCAGUCGCGAACGCGGAAAUGAGCUUUUCAUUCAGAAUAAAUGAUAAAAUUUGCAGAA